AUGACCGACGUGACUCCUCAGAAACGAGUGCUACCUCCUCGCGACAGACGAGAUUCUGCAGCGAAACGAAGAGCGUCCGUGCCAGCGCAACCUCCUGCAUCUGCAUCUACGUCCACUCCAGCUGCACGCAAGCAGACCUCCGCCACAUCCUCUGAACCUCGCCAGAAGCGCCCGUACAAGAAAAGAGCCAGUCUGGUCCGAGUUCAAACUCCAAGCUCGGUCUCGCGCUCUUCGCCGUCGAUUUCUGUGGGCGAAGAUGUCUUGCCCACCCGGAUUGUGGCCAACCAGCAGCUGCCCACGACCAAAGAGAAACAACCCUCCGAAUUGUCCCUCCGUGAAUAUCAGUCAAUUGCUGAGAGUGCCACCCUUACCGCAUCCCUACAUCGCUCUCGUAUGCAGUGGCUAUGCCAUGGCAUCUUCGAAAAGUACUGGGUCAAGCCCGUCAAGAGAAAAGGUGUUAUUGAGGCUCCCCCCAACAACCCCGAGUCCAAAUCAAUGCAAAGGUUGGGGACGGCGACUAUCACCAUCGAGCCCCAUACGUUCGAUGUAGUUUUCUACACAGUUCGAGAUCCAACAGCUCCUCUGCCGUACCAACCUCAUCCAAAUCAACAUACCGCGGCGCGCAUGGAGCGCAUAAUGUCUCGCAUGACUCAUGAACCGCCGCCUUCCUUUCCCUACCCUGGCUAUCCCCCUCAUGGUCCGUAUAUCCAUCCUCAACCGCCGCAACCGCCUCAACCGCCUCCAUCUGCAUCACCACCACCGUCAACACCGGUUGUACCGGUCAGAGGGGUGCCACCUUCAGCACCUCCGCCUCGCUCCCAAACUAGCCCUCUCCCGGUCCAGAUCAAACAAGGAAAAGAACUGAGACCCGGUCCCGCUCCACCUCCUUCACAAAUUCCGCCGGUCCAGUGCUCGCACGAAGAGUCUCGGACGCCACGUCCGGAAUCGAGACCAGAUCCAGUCAUCCAGAUGUUGGCUGCGCGGGCUACGUCUAAUCCUCAAUUGAAAGAGUUGAUGAAGAUCGUGGCAACUUCGAGGGCCUCACCUGAACAGUUGAAGGAGUUCCAAGCUCAUAUCGAUGAAUUUAACGAGGUGAUCCGACGACGGGAAGCGGAUCGACUUGCGAAAAGUGAGGCACGCCCAGCCAGCCAGCCGUCAUCAACGCCGACAGUUGCAGAAUCCCCGAGACCGCCGGCUACCCCGAAUCCGACACCUCCUGGGCUGCCGUCAAAUCCAUCUCCUGCAACAAUCUCUAGGCGAUCGUCAACGUCCAAUACUUCACAACCGCAGCCACGUCAGCAUCCCAAUACCGCUCUGCCUGGUCCUCCGCCUGCAGAUCCAGCGCUAGGACCAGGGGCAUUGCCCGGGGCGAUGCAUCCGUUUCCACAUGCGCCUCCACCAACUGAGCGUGGAGACCCACGGAAAGGCUACAUUAUAUAUCCGCCUCCUCCGCCUCCAGUUCGGCCAGAGCCCGUCAUCAAGCACAUUGUGAUGGAGAUGACAAGUAUACCGUCUGGCAAUCAGGCUGCGUGUCCAGAUAGAUGGCUCUUCCCGGAACAUGCAGUGUUGGAAAUGCGUCCGGGAGGAUUGGAGAUGAUCUGCUCGUUCUUGGUGGAACGCAAAGGUUCGCAGAUUUUGGCUGGCGGGGAGCCUGCAGGAAGACAGGAUGAAACGGAAGGCAAAUGGCAGGCGGAGCAAGAAUACUAUGAGCCAGUGACGAUGAGCAUCAAGGCCAGAAACCACCGAACGAUAGAGACGAUCGCCAAAGCCGCGAAGGUACUACCGGUAGUGCAAGAACACAUGAAGGAAGUGAUGACCAAGAAGCAACGGGCGCCGGUGGAAUAUUUGGUGUACCAGCUGCCACGCGAAAGGAACCAUGUGGGCGCAGACGGCGCCGAGACUGGGUUCGAGGACAGCGGCGUGGACCUUGGCAGUGAUUCAGCGUCUGAAGAUGACGAAUUGAAGGAUGUAUACGGCAUAUGA